AUGUAUUAUAUGAAUGAUGAUUCAUUAAUUUUAGCACCAGAAAUAGUUCGACGUCUAAGUUCAUUUGAUGCCAGAGAAGAUGAAACCGUUACGUUUACGUGUACAAUACAAAGUGAAAACGAUGAACCAUACAUUAUUCGAUGGUACUAUGGUGAUAAAGAAAUAGCCUCUUUAGAUAAAAAAUAUUCUAUUGAUCAUGGUGAAAAGACUGGAAUAUGCUUACUGACUAUCUACAAUGUAACAGCCGAUGAUGAAGGUGCCUAUCGUUGCAUAGCGACUAAUAAACAUGGAUCAUCUGUAACAACUGGAUUUCUUACUGUACUAAGUAGAAAGCGAUCGCAGUCUCCAUCUCCAACACGUAGUCCAGCAAGGACAUUAAGUUCGAGUCCCGGCCGAUCUCUCAGUCCAUCAAAGGCAUCUCGUGAACGUGGUGCCUCACCGCUUCGUUACAUCAACGUACCGCCCUCAAAAUUAGAACGGGUUACCGAAGAACUUGAAACAUUAAUCACUGCCGAACAUAUUAAUGAACAAGAAAAAGAAAACAUCACGCCAAAAAUGGAUCAGGAUAGUGCGUCAAUUACCAACCAGGACGCGAAUGAUGCGAAACUCAACUCAAGUUCAACACCUGAAUUAAUCGCACUAUCCUCUGACAUGCAGAACAAACAAGAAAGCAUGAACGUCGACAAAAGUACUGUUAUCGUCGAAGCUAACAAACCAAUACAACCAGUUCUGCAAAAGCCCGUGAUUAUCAUACAACCGCCAAGUUUGAUCAGCGUCAAAGAAGGAGAAGAUGUUCAUAUUAAUAGUACUAUUACAGGUAUUCCUGAACCAACUAUUCGAUGGUUGAAAGGCGGAAAUGAACUGCGAGAAGAUCAUCGCAUUGAUAUGUAUGCGGAUCGUGGUGUUCACCAUUUGGAAAUAUGUGAAGCGCAAAUGAGUGAUAGCGAUGUAUAUGAGAUAAUUGCACAAAAUUCUGUUGGAAGAGUAUCAGCAAAAUGCAAAAUAGAAGUCAAAGAAGAUCAAAAUAAAAUUAAACGAUUGAAAGUGGACGGAUUAUUUGCAUAUGGCUCACGUCAACAAACAUAUAAAGCGCCGGAAUUUAUUAUAAAACCAUCUAAUAGAACAAUCCAUGAAGGCGAUAUGUUUCAAAUAUUUGCAAAAGUUGUCGGUAUCCCGUCUCCCGAAGUUGUAUGGAUGAAACUCGGAAGAUCACUCAAAGAUGAUGGCUAUUAUAAAAUUUAUGAUAAAGAUGGACAAAAUUAUUUAGAAAUUCCCGCAGUAUCAAUAUUGGAUUCUGGUGAAUUUACAUGUUUGGCUAGUAAUAUGAUGGGUGCUAUCUACAGUUCAUUUCAACUACAUGUCGAAGCGAUGACUGAACCAGACAGUUCUGAACUAGAAGAACGUUCAUCAAAUGUUUCCGACUCAGAACAAUCAGGACGAGAUAGUAAAACAAAUCCUACAAAUGUAUCAAUGGUUGCAACAGAACUCAUUGACAAACAUGUACGUCAGCAUCGACAAUCAAGACUAAGCGCUCAUUCCGGUGAACAGUCAGACGUUGAAUAUUUCUUAUCUGAUUUUAUAUUAAAAGAAGAUUAUUGUGAUAAUGGUCGAGAUGUAUAUAUGAGUAAAGGAGAUAUUGUUGAAAUUGUCGACAUUGAAAAGAAAGAAAAAUGGCUUGUGAGAAAUAAAAAAAAUUUAAAUCAAGUAUGUUAUGUUCCACCUGAAUUAUUAGAAGUUAUACAAGAUAUUUCAUUACCAUCAAGUCCAACGUAUGAAGUUUUCGAUGAAGAACAACAAGAAGCACCCAAACAAGCACUUUCAAAACAACGAUCAUUUGGAAAAAAGUCUGGUAGUAACUUAGAAAAACGCUAUAGUCAAGAAGAUAAAGAUUCAUCUUCAAGUAGCGAUGAUAUAAAAACUAUGAUAGAGGAAACUGAAGUUUAUUUUGCUAAUUCUGAUUAUCAACCAUCAGCACCAGAUGGUAUUGCACUUGUAGAAAAUCAAUUUGUCGAUGUACUCGAUAGUUAUGAUCCCGAAUAUUUUCUUGUUCGUACAAAACCAAGAAAAGAUGAAAAACCUAAAGUUGAAUCAUCGUCAUUUAUUUAUUCGUCAUUAGACGAACAAAAUCGUUAUCGACCUUAUGAUCGUUCAAAACGUAGUUCAUCGGAAACAACACAUGAAUAUCGUCAUUCAUCUCCAUGUAGUUAUUAUCCAAAAAUAUCACCCUAUACAUUUUGUCAUCAUUGUCCAUGUAAAAAUUGCCGUUUAAAACGUUCAUUACGUUCAUCUUAUCGUCAUAUGUCUCGUCGUUCAACAUCAACUUCUUCUUAUGUACGAGGUGGAAAACAACAUGAUUAUUAUUCAAGUUCAUAUUCAUUGCAUGAUUUUUAUGAUGAAAAUAAUCCAAAUAUAAAUGAUAAUAAAUUUUUAAAUGAACAUAAAGAAUGUUAUUGUGAAAAUUAUGAUACUCAUAGAGUUCCAUUACCUUCUAGUACAUAUCCUAUAAUAUUAUCACCAAUAACACAACGUCAAACUUCACAACGUGAAAAUUCACAUGAGAGAAAAAAUCAUUUCUCAUUGCAGAUAAAUCGUCGAAAUACAAGAGAAGUUUAUCCAGAUGAUGUCACAUCACCAAUAGCAAAUCGUUAUGAUGAAGCGAUUGUAAAGCGAAGAUAUGUCUUCGCUGAUAUUGUCGAAAGUGAACGUCAAUAUGUGUCUGAUUUACAAAAAAUUAUUGAAAUUUAUUUAUAUGAAUUAACACGUCAAGAAUGUCCGUGGUUCAUUAAAGAGAAUAAAGAUGUAUUAUUUAGCAAUAUUGAAGAUAUAUUUGCAUUCCAUAAAGUAUUAUUCUUGACCGAUUUAAUUAAUAGUUCAAAUAAUUCAGUUGAACUUGGUUAUACAUUUUUAAGACGUCUAGAACAAUUUCAGUUAUAUACACAAUAUGUAUAUGAUAGAACAAAAUCGGAUCAUUUAUUACAAACAAAUUCAGAUGUACAACAAUAUUUUGAUGAUAUUAGUAGAAAAAUUGGUGGACGUACAUUGAAUGAACUUCUCAAUGGCCCUAUUCAACGUUUGGAAAAAUAUAAGAUAAUUUUACAAGAACUAAUAAAAUAUACUAUACGUAUGAAAGAAGAUGCAACGGUAUUACAACAAGCAUAUACAAUGAUAACAUCUAUGAUGAAUGAAGCACGAAAUAAAGAAUCAAUUGAAUUAAUUGAUCAAUUACCAAUAAAUAGUAAUGAAUUAGGAGAAUUAAAACGUUAUGAUGCUGUAUUAAUUAAAGAUGAUGAUGAAGUAAAUCGUUUACGUGAACGAUUUUUAUAUUUAUUUCGUAAUAAGAUUGUUAUAUGUCGGCGUAAACGAGCCGAAAGUAAAUUAGAACAACGAUCAUUGGCAUAUAAAAAUUCUUAUAAUAUUAAUGAAAUAACAUUUAUACAAGAAAAUUUUCCUACUGAUGAUAAAAAAUUUGAAAUUACAUUUAAUGAUAGUGAAAAAGUCACAUUUCAUGCUCGUAAUGUUUUUGCUAAAAUGUCAUUAGUAAGAUCAUUGAGAGAAAAUUUAAAAUCAUUAGGUUUUGUGGAAGAAGUGGAAAUGAUUGAAACAACAACAGAAAGUGAUGAACAAAAUAUACAACGACAACAAUAUAAAUCAGUAGGAAAAAAACGAAAUGUUGAUGUUUUAGAAUCAGUAGACUUACAAUCAAAACUCUCUAGUGAACAAGAAAAUGUUAUUCAAAAUUUAUCACAAAAACGUCGAGCAAAUAUGACAACAAGUAGCGAAGGUUUGGUAACAACAUCUGGCAUAUCGGAUUUUUAUUCAAUGAGUGAAGGUGAAUCGAGUUAUCAAACAGCUGGUGAAGAUGAAUUUAAACCAAAAUUUUUAAAAAAAUUAAAUGAUGCACUUGCAACUGAAGGCGACUAUGUUGUACUAGAAUGUCUCGUUAUAAGUACAACUCCAGUGCAUGCAACAUGGUUUCAAAAUAAUAUACCAUUACAAGAUAAUGCCGAUUGUAAACAAAUACAAGAAGAUCGUAAAUUUAAUUUGAUUAUUAAGGAAGCAUUUGUUGAAGAUGGCGGUAUCUAUUCAAUUAAAGUUUCGAAUCAUGCUGGUACAAUUAGCUGUAGUUGUAAAUUAUUUGUUCGAGAAGAAAUGAGUGACGAACGUACAAUACGUGAAGAUUUAGUGAUAAGAGAAGGAUCACCUCCGGAGAAAAGAGAUACAACAGAUAAUGAAGAUGAAUUACGUAUAACAGAAAUGGCCUAUGAUUCAAAUAUAUUUAAAGUGACACCGACAAUUGGUCGUGGACCAAUAUUUAUCCAUUCAUUAAUGCCGAUAAUAUCAAAUUCUGGUGAUAUUGUUACAUUAAAAUGUACAAUAACCGCUUUACCAAUGCCAAAUGCAACAUGGCUUAAAAAUGGUGUUGAAAUUCAUCCUGGAGGUCGUUAUUCUGUAUUCAACGAUCAAAAUGGCAAUUAUUCAUUAAUUAUUUCGGAUGCUAUACCAAAUGAUUCUGGUAUUUAUGAAAUAGAUGUUAAAAAUCCAUAUGGUGUUGCAGUAUCAAAAACUAGCUUACAAAUACUUGAACGUGAAAGUGUAUUUAUACCAGUAGCUGUUAAUCGUGUCAAUGUUCAAGAUAAAGAUACGGCAAAAUUAAGUUUAACAGUAAAACGUCCCGAUGUUAAAGUUGAAUGGAUCAAAGGUGAACAUAUAUUAAGUGAAAAAGAUAAAUUAAAUAAAUAUAAAAUAACUAGUGAGGGUUUACAACGAGAAUUAAUUGUUAAAAAUGUAACAAAAGAUGAUCAAGGUGAUUAUGUUUGUCAAUCGGGAAAAUAUCGUGUUACAUUACAUUUAAAUGUACGUGGACCGGGUGCUGAAAUUGUUCGACCAUUAGAAAAUAUUGAAGUUAUUGAAAAUAAUGAAGCAAUAUUUGAAUGUCAAUUAACACUUGAAGAUGCACAAAUUGAAUGGUAUCAUAAUAAUCAACGUUUAACAAAUUCAGAUCAUCAUAUAAUAGCAUCACGUGGUACAACACAUCAAUUAAUUAUUCCACAUGUUAAUAUGAACGAUGAUGGUGAAUAUUCAAUUAGAGUUGAUAAUAAAAAUACAUCAACUGGACAGUUAUAUGUCAAAGAACAACCAAUUAUAUUUCGACGCCCAUUACGUCCACAAACUGUUGAAGAAGGAAACGAUAUUAUAUUUGAAUGUGAAUUAAAUAAACCGUUAAAACAAAUGUUAUGGUUUAAAUCGAAUACUAUACAUUUAUUACCGUCAGAUAAAUAUUUUAUAGAAUCAUUUGGUCUAAUUCAUCGUUUGAUUAUACGUAAUGUAAAUCAAUAUGAUGAAGGUGAUUAUAUGGCAUCAACCGGUUUAAAUACAUCAACAGCACAUUUGUCUGUAGAAAAUUUAUUACCAAUAUUUGUUGUACCAUUAAUGGAUGCAAGAGCGAAUGUACAUGAGGGUGUUAAAUUAUCAUGUGAAACGAGCGCACCAGCAAAUGUUGUUUGGUAUCAUCGUGAUAAAAAAAUAUUAGAUAAUAAUCCAAAAUAUACAUUAAGCAAUAUACAUGGUGGUAUAUUGCAUACACUUGAUAUUGACAAUCUUGAUCAACGAGAUCAAGGCGAAGUAGUUUGUAAAAUACGAGAGUAUCCGACAAUAGCAACAAGUGCUCAAUUAUUAGUUGAAGAUUCUGAUCAACAAUUUCGUGGACAAGAUGCAGUAUUAAACUGUGAAUCAAUCAAUUCAACCCAUUUUCAAUGGUUUAAAGAUGGUACACCACUAGCUGGUCUUAACAGAAAUAAAUUUGUGUCGAUGAGUGAUGAUAAACACACAACGCUCGUAGUACAUCAUUUCACUGAGCAAGAUGAAGGUGUUUACACGUGUGUAACAAGAGAAGGUCAAUCAACAUCUACAACAUUACGUACAUUAAUACAUCGUGAACGAACACCGAGAAGUGAAGAAAGAUAUGGUACUUACAUGAAAAUUGAUUCACCUCGUACACGAACACCGGAUCUUGGACUAACACGAUCAAGUCUUAGUCCAGGUGGACAUCGCGUAUCACGCUAUGUACCAUCGAUUAGUGACGAUGAUUCACGCUAUCCGGAUCGAUUCGAAGAAACAAAACGAACAAAGAAAAUUACCAUACAAGAAACCAGUGAACAACGAAUACCAGCAAUGAAAACCAGUUCAGUCACAUUUCGUCCGAGUUCAAGUCCAUCUCCAUCUCGUGAUUAUUCUGGUCGUUCGUCUGGUACAAGUCCAGAAAAAGAACGUUCAUUACCAAGACAUUUUUCACCAUCAGCUACUACGUAUACAAGACAACAACAAUUACAAGAUUUUGGUCAUUAUUUACAACAUGAUCGUCGUUCUGAAUCACCUAGUCUAUCACCAUCUCCGACACGAAAAACUAAUAUGACAUUUGCAAAUAUGAAUGUAGCAAAAUUAAGCAUGCCACCGGUGUAUGAAGAGUUAGAUGAACAACAACGACAUCGUUCAACAGUUACAUUCAGUCCGUCUCGAUCACCCAGACGUACACCAUCACGCGAAUCGAUUGAACGGAAAAUGGUCAUGAUGGAAAUACCGAUUCGACAAUCACCACGUCGCGAUUUAAAACAUGCUCCAUAUCAAGAAGAAUCAAUUGCUGAAGAACAUGUACAAUUUUUAGAUAGUGAAGCAUACGAAAAACAAACACCAUUUUUUCAACGUGAAGAACCAUCGGGUUUAAGUACAUCACGAGUCAAUGUUACCGAACCAUUACCCGUUCAUAUCAUACAACCAUUAGUUGAUACAAAAGUUGAUCAAGGUAAACCGUUGCGUUUAGUUGUUGAAACCUCACAUCCAUCAACCGAAGCGUCAUGGUUUAAAACAAAUUCGUAUACACAACAAUCAGUAGCCAAAAAACUUGAUGAAAGUGAUAAAUAUCAUAUGAUAACUCAAGGUAGUCGACAUAUAUUAAUUAUACCAAAUGUAACGUCAAAAGACAGCGGUGAUUAUGUAUGUCGAAUACAAAAUUUGAUAACAAAAGCUCAUGUUCAAGUCAAUGAUGAAGAUUUACAAUUUACAAAACGUUUACCACAAUCGAUUGAUGUUAUCGGUGGCCGUGAUAUUGUAAUUGAGUGUGAAAUGAAUAAAUACGAUACACAAGCUUUGUGGAAGAAAGAUAAUGAACCAGUUAAGAAUUUAUCAAAAUUUGUACCGAUAUUUGAAAACAAGAAGCAUAAACUAAUUAUCAAAGAUGCCGCAGUAGAAGACUCAGGUUUAUACACGGUUAAUGUUAACGAAUUAGAAAGUACAACGUAUUUAAAUGUCACACAAGAACCACUCCUAAUUUUAAAACCAUUACAUGAUCAACGUGCAAAAUUAGGUGAUAAUGUAAUAUUUAGCUGUGUUUGCUCAAAAGCGCCUAAAACAAUUCAGUGGUAUAUAAAUGGUUAUCCAUUACCAUUAAAUGUUUACGAUAAGUAUCUGACAAAAUUAAUUGAUCGAGAAAUUCAAUUAAUUAUCAAUAAUAUAAGCGAAAAUGAUAUUGGUACUGUGACGUGUUGUUUAAAUAAUACAAUAACAACUGCUAAUUUAACAAUUGAUGAUGCCGAUAAAAGUUUAAAAUUUAUAAAAUUAUUAGAUGAUGAUGAUACAAAUAUUAAUGUUGGAUCACCAUUUGUUCUUGAAUGUCGCAUUAAUCGUCCCAAUGUAACAAGUAAAUGGUACAAAGAUGGAAAACCCAUUUCAGAUCAAGACAAAACAAUGAAAACGAUUUCAGAUGGAUGUACACAUGUUUUACAAGUUGAUCAUGCUCAAGAACAACAUACGGGUCAUUAUCGUUGUUCAAUACAAGAUAAAGAAACAACAUGUCAUAUUACUGUACAUGAGCCGGAUUAUCGUUUUGUACAAUCAUUACCACCACAUGUUCAUUAUUCUCCUAAUGAAGAAACAAUUACCUUAGAUUGUGCAAUAAAUCGUUCACCCACUUUACCGAAUCGUGUCAAAUGGUUUAAAAAUGGUCUUGAAAUAAAACCAUCGUCAAAAUACGAAACUAUUAUUGAACAUCAUUUAUUAGCACUUGUUAUACAUGAUUUAAAUAUAGAUGAUCAAGCACUAUAUCGUUGUGAAAUUGGAAAUGCUAGUACCGAAUGUCAAUUAAUACCAACAUUAAACGAUACAAAAGAUAUUUUAUUACAACCAUUACAAGAUGUUGAUCUAUAUGAACAUGAUACAUGUACGCUAACAGUUAAAUUUUUACCAGAACAAAUUAAAAAUAUUCCACAAAUAAAAUGGUAUCGUAAUGGUCAAGAAAUAAAAUCGAGACAAGAUAAAUAUCGUUUUAUUCAACAUGGUAAUGAGAAUACAUUAGUUAUUAAUAAUUGUUUAUUAAAUCAAGAUAAUGGUUAUUAUAGUGUUCGAUUAAGUUCAAAUAAUAAACAAGAUUUAUCAACAUGCUAUGUUAAUGUUAAAGAUUUAUAUAUUAAUAUUAUUAAACCUCUUGAAUCACAACGUUGUCUAUUACAUCCACAAGUUCAACAACAAAUUCAAUUUGAUUGUGAAACAACACCAACUGAUAAAAGUCCUGUAUGGUAUUUUAAUAAUUCUAAAUUAAUACAACCAUCCAAUAAAUAUGAAAUGACAGACGAUAAUAGACAUCAUAUACUUACUAUUAAUAAUAUAACAUUAAGUGAUCAAGGACAAUAUCAUAUUGAAUUUCCAAAUAGUGAUCAAAAAUCUUAUGCUACCUUACAAAUACUACAAACACCAAAUAUACAACCAAUUGAAUUUAUACAACCAUUAGAUGAAACAUUUUUAUGUGAAGAAGGUGAUGAUUUUACAUUGGUAACAAAAACAAAUAAACCAACAGUAAAUGUCAGUUGGAUGAAAAAUGGUUAUAAAUUAAUUAAAACACCUGAUACACAACAAACAGAUAAAACAGGUACAAUACAUAAACUUAUAAUAAAAAAAAGUCACAAACAAGAUGAUGAAGGCACUUAUGUUUGUUAUAUUGAUACGACAAAUGUUGCUACUCAAGGUUUUGUAAAAAUAAUUGAAAAAGAAUUACAAAUAAUACAACCAUUACCACAACAACUGAAUUUAAAUGAAAAUGAUACACUAACAUUAUUAUGUGAAACAAAUCGUAAACCAAAAAAUGUAAGAUGGUUAAAAAAUAAUAGUCAAAUAUUAGAUAAUACAACAAAUCCAAAUUUAAUGUUGAUUGCGGCUGAUGAAACAUGUACUAUGAUAAUAAAUAAUGUAACAAAGAAUGAUAGUGGCUCAUAUACGUGUCAAGUAGAAGAUAAACAGUCAAUAUGUGAUGUACGAGUACAAGAAGCAGGACCACAAUUUGUUGAUGGACCACAAUCAUAUCUUGUUUGGAAACGAAAAGAAGAUGGAUCUGUGGCAACAAUAAGUUGUACAUUGAAUAAAUCGAAUGUACCUGUUAAAUGGUUUAGAGAAAAUCAGGAAAUAUUUACAAGUGAUAAAUAUGAAGUGGUUUCAGAAGGAACAAUACAAUGUUUAUUAAUACAUGAUAUUGAUAAAAAUGAUUCGGGAAAAUAUGUAAUAUCGUUAGGACCUAUUUAUCGAUCAUGUCAUUUAGAAGUUAUCGAUGAUAAAACAACAAUGGAAAAUGAAGAAGAGAGACUGAUGAAACCAUUAGUACAAAUUCAACGACAAGAAGUUAUGGAAGGUGAUUCAUUAACAAUUGAAGUGACACCCGAUUCUACUCGUCCAAUUACAAUUGAUCAACUUCAAUUAAUGAAAAAUAAUCGUCCAAUCGAUGAUUAUUCUCAUAUAAGUUUAGAACGUGAUGGUACACGAUGGCUUGUGCGUUUAAUCGACGUUGAUUUAUCAAAUACGGGCUUAUAUUCAAUUGCGAUGGAUCAACAACGUCAAGAUUUAAUUGAUUUAUAUGUUAAGAAACGCCCUAUACAACGACAAUUGAUACAAUUACCAAAAGAAGAAUUUUUUGUUAAUGAAACCAUAACACUCGAAUGUAAUUUUCAGAAACCAAUAAAAACAAAAUCAUUGAAACCAACAUGGUUUAAAAACGGUCGUCCAAUACAGUCAACAAAUCGACAUGUUGUAACAGUUGAUAAUAUGACGAAUGAUGGUCCAACAAAAUAUUCAUUAACAAUAAAAAAUGUAGAUUAUACAGAUGAAGGCAUCUAUGAGUUACGUACCGACUAUCUAAUUGUUGAAACACCUCUAAUACGAAUCGUCGAAAAACCUAAACUACCUGCACCAAAUCGAACGGUAAUUGAAGGUGAUAGUUUACAAAUUGAUGUUAAUAUUGAUCGUGCAGACCAUCAGAAUGAAUCAGUUCAAACAUUACUUGAAGAAAUAACGUUACUAAAAAAUAAUCGACCAAUUACAACAAAACCACAAAUAGAAAAAUGGCAUGAAAAUGAUCAACUAAAAUUAGAAUUGAAAAGUUUACAAUUAGAUGAUCAUGGUCUAUAUGAAAUUGAUAUUCAUGGCGAACGUACGCCCGUAUGUCAGUUAGAAGUGAAACAACGUGAACCAGAAUUAUUUAUACUCGAUCUUGAUAAGAAUACAUUUGAAGAGGGUGAAACAAUUCGAUUAGCAUGUACUUUUCCCCAACGACCCGGGCAGUUUGCCACAUGGUUAAAAGACGGUAUGCCAAUUGUUACACCUCCAAUGGAUUCGAUAACAAAAACAAAAAGAAUUGAAAUAUUAGAUGAAAAUAAUACAUUGACUAUUAUUAUACGUAAUGCGACGAAAAGUGAUUCGGGAAUAUACGAAGUACGAAUCGGAUCGGUUAUUGCACGUGCCCCAAUGAUACAUGUAGUACCAAAACAACAACAAGAAAUACAAAAUAUUCCAAUACAAGUUGUACGAGAAAAUGAUACUGUUACGUUAUCUGUUGAGGGUUUACAAGUCAAUGUGAGACCAAGUGAUAUUCAAGUACUAAAAAAUGGCAAACCAAUGAAUCAAAAACCAAAAACGACAAUCAAACAUGAUAACGAUAAAUUGCGUAUUGCACUUCAAACAUUAGCACUAGAUGAUAGUGGUGUCUAUAGUGUAAAGAUUCACGAUAACAUUCAUCCAUUAGCUCAAAUACAAGUUGAGAAACGUAAACCAGAAAUUCAGUAUAUGCGACUGGACCAAGACACAUUUUAUGUCGGAGAUACAGUUACAUUAGAUUUAGAAUUUACUCAUGAACCUCAACAAGCGCCAACAUGGUCGAAAGAUAAUGUAGAAUUGAGCGAAGAUAAUCGUAUUUCAAUGAAAACAAAUGGAAAUAAAGUAACAUUAAUUGUGAGAGAUUUGCAAUUAAAUGAUGCUGGCGUUUAUGAGGUACAAAGUGGUCCACUAAUUGUGAAAACACCAUAUAUUAGCGUUGUUGAACGACCAAAGACUGUAGUGGAAACUGUUGAAGAAACAACAGUUUAUACUAUAAAACCAAAUCAACCGCAGCAACCAGCAGUUUCACCUUCUGAUAAAAAAGUGUGCACAGUAAAAGAAGGCGAUAGUGUUACGUUGAAAAUUAUAUCAACUUCACCAAUCUCAGCAAACGACGUACAAUUGUUAAAAAAUGGUCAACCAACAUUUGCGGAUAAUAAACAUUUACGUCUCGAACAAUUUGGUGGAAAAGAUGUUCGAUUGAGUAUAAUAGAUGCUCAAUUAAGCGACACGGGUGAUUACGCUGCUGUAAUUAACAAUCAAUAUCAACCUAUAAUCACACUAAAUGUUUUACCAGUCGCACCUUUCUCAACACAACCAACUUCAAGCGUUCUAUCGCAACAAGAAUCAGUUGUAUCGACGACAAGUUACAGUCAAUCACCACCAGAGGAACCUCUUAAAAUGAAACUGGUUCAUGAAGGUGAUACAGUAACAUUUGAAUUAACGCCAAGCUUCGAUGUACCAUUAAAUAAAAUCGAACUUUUACAUAACAACAAUGUAAUAACACAUGAACCAACUGUUAAUCUGAAAAAAGAUUAUAAAACAAAUUUGAUUACUGUACAAUUGCAAGAUAUAGAACUACAAGAUCAGGGAAUAUAUACAGCAGUAAUACAAGGACAGCCAGUACCAUUAGCCGAAUUGAUAGUAGAACCUCGUCCAGUCGUGAUUCAACGGAUGGAGAUGCCGCGAGACGUGUUCUUUGUUAAUGAGCAGCUUAUGUUAGAAGCCGAAUUCCCAAAAGCACCAAAGGACCAACCUCAGUGGUUUAAAAAUGGACAAUUAGUCAAGCCAGAUAAUCAUCAUGUUAUACUAAACGAAAAUGGUAACAAAAAACAUUCACUUAUUAUUAAUCAAUUGAAACCUGAUGAUACCGGUUCGUAUGAAUUACGAGUGAAAGGAUUAGUAAUUGAAACACCGUUAAUAAAAGUUGUUGAACGACCACAAGAACAACAGCCGAUAGAACCACAACGACGAUCAAGUACAGUUAUUAUCGAAGAAGUUAUAGAAGAAUAUGGGAUACGAAAACUAAAUGAACCCACAACAGAGGCCACACAAACUGUUCGCGAAGGUGAUUCAGUUAAGUUAAAAGUACUUACUACUCUUGAUGUACAACCAAAUCAGAUUCGUUUACUUCGAGAUGGUUUACCAAUGGAACCAAAUACAAAAUCAUCAAUUAAUAUUGAUCGUCAAUCAUCCGGAACAUAUGUUGUGAGUUUAUUAAAUUUACGCGUAACUGAUUCAGGUCGAUACGAAUAUCAAGUCGAUUCAAAAGCAACAACAGAAAAAAAACAUCUUGUUACACUUUAUGUUGAACCACGUCCACAACCGAAAACAAAAUUACUCGACCUUUCACGUGAUACAUUUCAUGUAGGAGAGAAAGUACAAUUUACAAUUGAUUUUGAUGAUGAUACACUGAUGAAUGAUAUUCAACCAGAAUGGUAUAGAAACGAAGUAUUUAUACCAUUUGAUAAUAUACGUCAUCGGCAAACAUUCGAUGUAAAAAAUCGAAAAUAUACUUUUGAAAUACACGAUUUACAAUUAGCGGAUGCUGGAGCUUAUGAAAUGCGUACGCCAAAUUUAGUUGUCCGAACACCUGAAAUCAAAAUAAUUCCACACAUGACAAGACCUUCAGAUGAGCAAUCAAUAAAACAAGAAGAGGAAUUAAGACGCUCCUCCGUAACAAUAGAUAUGAAUAAACAAAAAGAAAUACCGUUAGAAACACAACCUCAACAACAACCGCAGCAGAAAACUCCGGUGCAUAUUGUUACAGAAGGAGAUGUAAUGAAUUUAACAGUUGAAAAACAAGCUAACGUUGCUCUGAAGGAUGUACAGUUAAUAAAAGACAAUGUUCCAAUAUUGAAGCGUGCAAAUAUUAUAGUAAAUCCCACUUCAUCAACAACAAUCGACAUAACAUUUAAACCUGUCGAACUCAACGAUAGUGGUCAGUAUUCUAUUAAAAUACGCGAUCGAAUUCAACCAAUUAUGACACUUCAAGUUCAAAAUAAACCAGUUCGCCGCCAAACGAUGGAGCUCCCGAAAGAUACUUUCACCGCUGGUGAAACGCUUACAAUAGAAUGCAAAUUUGACUCAAAACCAGAUGACCAAUUCACCUGGACAAAAGAUAACAUACCACUCAAACAAAUUCCUGAUGUACGUAUAGUCACAAAACAAAAAGACGAGACAUUCACAUUGAUCAUCAAAGACCUUCAGCCAAACGAUGAAGGUGUUUACUCACUUGAAAGCAAAUAUCUUAUUCUCGACACACCAUUCAUUCAUAUUCUGCCAAAAGAAGAAACAGUCGUUUCGUUCCCUCCAACGCAAACAGAAACUUAUGAAGAAGUUGUUGAAACAUAUGUUAUCGAUGCUCAACCUACGCAGCAAGAGCCCGUUAUAACCGAAAACCAAAAACCACAACUUCAAGAAAAACCCAUCGAAUCACCUAAAGACGUUCCGAUCCAUGAGGUAAACGAAAAUGACACCGUGACGUUGACUGUUGAUCAUCCUGAAGGCAAAGAUGUUGUUGUCACUUUAUUGAAAGACGGUAAGAAAUUAGAGCAAAACGAUCAUAUCAAAAUCAAAUCAAAAUCACCGACAACCACUGAGAUAAAGAUAAUAAAGUCUAAGCCGCUCAGUGACGAGGGCGAAUAUUCUGUUAUUAUUAAUAAGACUGUGCAACCAUUGAUGCGUCUCAUUGUUCAUCCAAAACCAGUACAACAUCAAAUCAUGGACUUGCCCAAGACAGAUUUUAUUGAGUCAGAAACAUUGACGAUUGAAUGUACAUUUGAUCGAAAACCAGAUGAACCAUUUGUAUUUUUGAAAGAUAACCAGCCAUUGUUAGCUACCGAUAAUCGUAUCACGACAAUUAUUGAUGAUAAUACAAACACCUACAAGAUUGUUGUAAAAGAUUUGAAACCAACAGAUGAAGGCGUUUAUACAUUGAAAAGUGAACAUUUGAUAUUGGAUACACCGCAUAUUCAUGUAUUACCAGCAUCAGUUGAAAAACGUCCGUCUACUACGAAGGAAACAAUUGUGGUUGAAGAAGAAACUGAAGAAAUUAUUAUUGAACCAACAGAUGAAAUCAAAAUAGAGCAAGAAAUUGUUCAGCAACCUCAGCCGCAAGAGUUCGAACAAGUGGUCGAGAAACCUGUUGAACAAAAGCCUGUUGAAGAGAAGCCUGUUGAAGAAAAGCCAGUGGAAGAAAAGCCUAUUGAACAAAAACCUGUUGAACAAAAGCCGAUUGAAGAAAAGCCAGUGGAAGAAAAGGUGGUUGAAGAGAAACCUGAACAAGUCGUCGAGAAGCCUAUUGAAGAGAAGCCUGUUGAACAGAAGCCAGUUGAAGAAAAGCCGAUUGAACAAAAACCUGUCGAAGAAAAGGUGGUUGAAGAAAAGCCAGUGGAAGAAAAGCCUGUUGAACAAAAGCCUGUUGAAGAAAAGCCCGUGGAAGAAAAGGUGGUUGAAGAGAAACCUGAACAAGUCGUCAAGAAGCCUGUUGAACAAAAGCCGAUUGAAGAAAAGCCCGUGGAAGAAAAGGUGGUUGAAGAGAAAACGGAACAAGUCGUCGAGAAGCCUGUUGAAGAAAAGCCAGUUGAAGAGAAGGUGGUUGAGGAGAAGGUGGUUGAAGAGAAACCAGAACAAGUCGUGGAGAAGCCUGUUGAAGAAAAGCCAGUUGAAGAGAAGCCGGUUGAACAGAAGCCGGUUGAAGAAAAGCCAGUGGAAGAAAAGGUGGUUGAAGAGAAACCGGAACAAGUCGUCGAGAAGCCUGUUGAAGAGAAGCCUGUUGAACAGAAGCCUGUUGAAGAAAAGGUGGUUGAAGAAAAGGUGGUUGAAGAAAAGCCAGUUGAAGAGAAGCCGGUGGAACAGAAGCCUGUUGAAGAAAAGGUGGUUGAAGAAAAGGUGGUUGAAGAAAAGCCAGUUGAAGAGAAGCCGGUGGAACAGAAGCCUGUUGAAGAAAAGGUGGUUGAAGAGAAGCGUGUUGAAGAAAAGGUGGUUGAAGAAGAAAGUGAAACUGUUGAACAAUCUCAACAAGAACAAACCAUCGAAACACAAACACUACAACUCGAAGAAACACCCAUCGAAUCACCUAAAGACGUUCCGAUCCAUGAGGUAAACGAAAAUGACACCGUGACGUUGACUGUUGAUCAUCCUGAAGGCAAAGAUGUUGUUGUCACUUUAUUGAAAGACGGUAAGAAAUUA